AUGCCAAAUCCGUGGAUCAACUGCCUUUGGGGAAUGGAUUUGAUUGGCCCACUACCCAUCGGAAAAUGCCAAUUCAAGUGGGUCAUUGUGUGCAUCGAUUAUCAUUCCAAAUGGAUUGAGGCUGCGCCCCUAAUGGCCAUCACAACCGAGAAGUGCAAGGCAAGAGGAACUAAGCUCAAAUUCGCAUCCGUAGCACAUCCAAAAACCAACGGGCAAGUAGAAGCCGCUAAUAAGCUGAUCAAAGGCCUUCUUCGAAAAAAGCUGGAUGAAGCCAAAGGACUUUGGCCCGAAAAACUCGACGAAGUGCUAUGGGCAAUCCGUACCACACGAACAGAAGCUACGGGCAAAACUCAUUUUUGCUUAAUAUACGGCACGGAAGCAGUCCUGCCCAUCGAAGUAAUUCAGCCAACACAACGGGUUUCGCUGUUUGACCACGAUACCAAUUCGGACAAUAUGCAACUUGAUAAAGAUCUCUUGGAAGAGAAACGCAUCACAGCACAUCGCCAUGACGUCCAGAACAAACAGCGCGUGGCACGCUUUUAUAACUCGAGAGUCAAGAGCAAGACACUACAGCUAGGCGACUGGGUCCUAAAGAAGAUCCAAACAAAGGUCACUGGACUACGCCCGAGAUGGGACGGACCGUACAAAGUCAUCCAAAUCAUAGCACCAAACACGUACUGCCUAGAAGACAAGUACGGAGAGAGAUUAGCCCAUCCUUGGAACAUGGAACAACUCAAAGGGUCCGCGCGUAGCGCACGCCAAGGACUCGACUGUUUGAGUACUUUUGGCACACUGCUAUAG